GGACUUUCCAUCUCAGUUGCGCCGUUCCUCUCGUCGUCGGUAGUGCCGUGGUGAUUGAUGGGGCAGAAGGCCAGCAAGGAGGAAAAAGCAGCGCGCCGGAACAAGCGCAAGGGAAGCAUCCACGAGCCUCCUGUGGCUGCACCGCGAGCAGCUGCUGCUGCUUCUGCUGCUAUCAUUGCUCCGCCACCACCUACCGCAACAAAUCUGUCACCCACAUUACCAAAAUCGUUUUCCAUGUCACCUGCCGAGCGAAUGCACACACGACCUCGUGUGGGUUCGAUAUCAUCCAGCUCUCUCUACGGCGCUGCGCGUCAGCAGAACGAUGUAGAUGGUGUCGAGGAUCACAAGGUGUCCGAUAGCGACGACAGCGACGACAUUUUGUCAGACGAUGCGUCUGUCGUGGUGGAAGACUGGCUACUCGAAGGCGACGACAUCCACGUCGAGAUGGUAGACGACGACGCCGUGUCCGAGAUCAGCGAAGUCGAGUCCCACACGACGGAGGUGUCGUUGACGGCCUACAUGCUAGCGAACCGGCCAUUGUACGACAUCAUGAUCCAAGUGCAGCUCUUCGCGAACUUGAGCCAGUCGCAGCAGGAGCAGGUGCUCAAGGCGCUCAAGCCCAUCACGUUCAAGGAUGGCGAGACAAUCGUCAAGCAAGGUGACCGCGGCGAACGGUUCUUCAUGAUCGCCAAGGGCGAAGCGGUCGUGACCAAACUCAUCGACGGCAAGGAACGAAUGGUCACGCACUUGUACGCAGGCCAUUACUUUGGGGAGCUCGCAUUGAUCUACGAUGACCCUCGCACCGCGUCGGUUCACGCGGUGGGCCCCGGCGGCGUAGAGCUGCUGUACCUAACCCAAAAGGACUUCCAGCAAGUCGGUAAAGUGCACUUGAGUCUCAUGCUUCAGCAAGUGCCACUUUUGGCCCACCUGAGCGCCCGCGACCAGGACGUCGUGCUCACAAAGCUCAAGCCGUCCAACUUUGGCCAUGGCGAGUACAUUGUCCGGCAAGGCGAGGAAGGCACGCGGUUCUACAUGAUCACGCGGGGCCAAGCGGCGGUGAUUGAAACGGACGCCGGCGAGGACAAGGAACUGACGCGGCUGUAUGAAGGGCACGUGUUUGGGGAGAUGAGUCUCAUCUACAAGGAGCCGCGGACGGCGUCGGUGGUGGCCGUGGGGCCCGUCAAGUGUUUGUACUUGACCAAGGAGGACUUUGACGAGUGUUUGCUAUCGGAGCGCUUUCAACGGGUGAUCCAACAUGCGUACAUUGAAAAGGCCACACGGCGCGCCAUGCGCAACAAGACCAACCGGCUGCUCAGGCACAGCGCAACCGCCGAAAACGCGACAUCGUUUACCGACUCCACGACGCCCAAUGACUUGCCCAGACACAGUAUCGCACUUGAAACCAGCACACUGCGCAAACAUCGACUUGCGAAUGGCGAGACCGUCGUCAACAAGUACGUGAUCAAGGGCGAGCUUGGCAAGGGGUCGUUCGGGACGGUCAAGUUGUGCGCGAACGAGGAGGAUGGACAGCUCUACGCCGUCAAGAUCAUGCACAAGACAUUUGUUCAACGCAUGGCCAACCGCGAGGACUCGCUCCAGGACGCUCUGCGCCGCGAAGUGGCCAUCAUGAAGAAGCUGGACCACCGCAACGUGGUGCGGCUCGUGGAAGUGAUCGACGACCCGUCGAGUCAAAAGGUGUACCUCGUGCAAGAGUACAUUGAAAAGGGCAACCUCGCCGAAGUCGCGGGAGGCGCGCCGCUGCCGGAAGCGCUGGCCCGCAAGUACCUGCGCGACAUGUUGUGUGGCCUGCAGUACCUCCACUUUCACAAGGUCGUGCAUCGAGACAUCAAGCCGGAAAACAUCCUCGUGACGUCCGAUGACGUGGCCAAGAUUGCCGACUUUGGGGCGGCGCGGAUGGUCAUGAACGAAGCAGAGACGCUGACGGUUGCCAAGGGAACUCCAGCGUUUAUGGCACCCGAGAUGUUCAACAUCGACGCCGAAUACACGGGGCCGUCCGUGGAUGUGUGGUCGCUGGGCGCGACGCUGUUCAUGCUCGUGUUUGGACAUCCGCCGUGGAGCGCCGACAACGAGAUCGAACUGGCCGACAAAGUCCAGCGCGACGAGCUAACGUUUCCCGAGGGGGUCGUUCUGGAGCCGCACUUGAAGAACCUGCUCACGCGCAUGCUGACCAAGGACCCCGAGCGGCGCAUCGUGUUGGCUGACGUGAUCAAUCACGAGUGGGUCACGUGCGAAGGCAGCCAUCCGAUCGUCAACGUGUUCAAGGGCGACCAAUCGACUGUGAACGUUGUGAGUCUGGACGAGUCGGAGCGGGCGAUUGAAAACAUCCCCGAGCGAAUCGACGAGCGCCUCCAGGCGUCGCUCAUCCAAGCGCACCUCAUCCUCCAGCAGAAGAAGCAGCAGCCCCCGCUCAACUUAUCGCUGCGGUCGCACGGGUCGAUGAACUCGAUGAGCUCCAGCAGUGACCGCGGGUCGAUUGCUACGACGACGUCGUCCCCCAAGCGCACGGCGUCGGCGGCCACGGUAAUUCCUCACAACCACCACCACCACCACCACCGCCACCUCAAGCAUCCGUCGACCGGCAGCGCCGCGUCCCUCCGGUCAAAAGGGUCGCAGGACUCGCUUUUUGGCCACGAAACUAGCCGCGUCAUCUCGGCGUGGCGACAUCACAAGCGUGUGGCGCUCAUGGAUGGCCACAACCUGUCCGAGCGUGUGCGAGACCUCCUCUUGGAGCAGAAGCGGAUGGCGUUUUCGGUUGAACGGGCGCAUGUGACAGAGAUCAUCUUGCCGGCCUCCAAGCAGCCCUGUCACACGCCGACCACGGGUCCACCUGGCGACGGCCCAAAGCCAGAACCACUGACCGACGACGACUUGUCCAAGCGCCAACUGUCUCGGAAAAAGGAUUUUCUCAUGGUCACGUCCGAAGUGUUUCGCAACGAAGCUGGUGACUACCAAGCGCGCAAGGUGCUGUUUCAAGCGACGUCGCAGGACUUUAGCGUUGCGUCGCGCAUCCCGCUGCACCCGCUGGCCGGAUCGUCGGACGAUGUGACGAUGGGACGCAAAGCCACAAACAUGCGCAAGUCCAGCCGCACGAGUUCACGCGGCGGCGGCACAAGGGGAAGCGAAACCGCAGGCGAUGGUGGCGGCGGCGGCAGUCGAAGCAAUUCUGCGUCCAAGCUGUCGACUUCCGACUUGUUUGCUGACGUGGCCAUGGUGGACGACGACGUGGCGUCAGAUGACGACGACGACGACGAAGUGGUGGAUCAAGUGAUGGGGGACGACGGGGAUAGCCUCGGGCUUUUGGACAGCGGUCGCCUCCUCCUCAGCCAGCCGCGCGUCGGAAACAGCCGUCACCGCAGCCACGGCGAUACCAGCAGCAACAGUAGCCACAGCCGCAGCAGCAGUAGCAGCAGCGAUGCCGACGAGUCCGACUACAGCGACGCCGACGAAAACGUGGACGUGAACGACACGUUCGAUGACUUGCUGCAGUCGCCACGCUUCCACGUAGCAGACGCCGACGUGGACGUGGCUCCCGUCGACGACGACGACGACCAUCACCACGAGGGGAUGCACGCCGUCGUGCAAGUUUACGUGAGCAGCAAAAUUCGAGAAAAUCUCGGCUUGGGCUUGCGCGCCGGGUACGCCGAAGCCAAAGGGUCGCGGCCGUACAUGGAGGACCGGAGUUUGGCGUUGGCGCGGUGUCCGUUUGACGAGUCCGUCGCCUUCUUCGGAGUGUUCGACGGCCACAACGGCAGCGACACGGCUAUGGCACUGCAGGCAGACCUGCACCAUCGGAUUUGGAACCACUGGACGACUACGUCGUCGUUGUCGCCACAGACUGCGAUAGAGUUGGGCUGCCGAGACAUGGACGAUGAGCUCCUGCGACGAGACAUGGAACGCAUCGCCGCGCAAAAGAAUGAACGGAUGCCGACGCCCAUGUCGUUUUCAGGGUCCGCGGCUGUCUUUGCCGUUCUGGUCAAACAAAGCGAUGACGUGGCACUCUAUGUGGCCAACGUCGGCGAUUGCCGCGGCGUGCUGUGCCAGGACGGAGACGCCAUCGACCUCACCAUCGACCACAAGGCCAACAACCCGUCGGAAAAGGCCAGGGUGGAAGCAGCCGGCGGGUUUGUACACAACGGCCGGUUGGACGGGAUUCUAGCCGUGUCAAGAGCCUUUGGAGACUUUGCACACAAGUCGGGCGGCCACCUCAUUGCCACGCCCGAAGUGACGUGGCACACUGUGAGCGCCGCCGAUGAGUUUUUGCUGCUAGCGAGCGACGGGCUAUUUGACGUGUUAUCGUCGCAGCAAGCCGUGAAUUUCAUCCGUCGCAAGCUGAGAAACCACGGCGACGUCCAGCUCGCGGCCCAAGAGCUUGUGCUCAAAGCACAAGAGUAUGUCAGCCAUGACAACAUCAGUGCCAUCGUCGUGUGCUUCAACCAAGUAGCGUCGUAACGUUCGUACAGUAAUCAUAGUAAAUACAUCCAUGACUCGUGUGUGAUGC